GUGGUGCGCGCCUGUGUGCGCGUUUGCAGGGACCCGGGAGGCCCAGAACCGAGCCGACACGAUGCCGGUGCUGCUGCCCCCGGCGGAGCGCAGCCAGGACACCCGCGUGGGGGCGCCGGCCUGGCGCCAGGCCGCGCACGCCGUGUCGCGGCAGGCGCACCUGGCGACCGAGCGCUGCGGGCGGGAGGCGGUGACCAUGUGGCAGCCGGCCGACAGCGUGCGCGACCCGCACGUGGCGCGCCACCUCUGCCGCGCCGCCUACAUCCAGCCCUGGCGCUUCCGCGUGGAGAUGCUCAAGGGCGGCACCACCAUGGAGAAGCCGCCGCCCGGGGAGGGCGUGACGCUGUGGCGGAGCAAGAUGAAGCCGCCGGCCUGGAACGCGCGCCUGCCGCUGCCGCUACUCCGCGACGCGCGCGCGCUGCAGACGGCCGAGGUGGCGCAGGCGCAUGCGCGGGGCGCGCGCCUCACCGCCGCCCGCCUGGGCCGCGCGCAGCAGCAGAUCAACGCGCAGCUGCGGCUGCUGCAGCGCCAGCGCCUGGCGGCGGACCGCAGGCUGGGCGAGGUGCGCAAGGGGCUGCUGCUCAACGCGCAGAGCGUCAAGCUGCGGGGCUUCCGGCCCGAGCUCGAGAAGAUUCCGGACAAAGCCGACAGCAUGCUUACGUGGGAGAGAGAGGAGCUGAGGUCCAUGAAGCGGAAAAUGGAGAAAGAGAUGGAAAAGUCGGAGGCCCUGCUCAAGAGUCUGGCCUCCUGCAGGGACACGCUGGGCUUCUACUGCAAAGAGAGGCUGCAGGCGGUGGAGCUCAUGAACCAGCCACUGGACAAGGUCCUGGAGCAGGCCGGCCGCCACUCCUGGCUGGACCUGUCCCGCCAGCCCACCCCGCGCACGCAGGGGCAGAAGACGCCCCCUCCGGACCCUGUGGGCACCUACACCCCAGAAUGCGCCGGGGCGCUGAACGAAGCCAAGCGGUUGUUGGUGGAGUCCAGGGAGACCUUGGCGCAAAUGGCCAAAAACGAGGCGGAGGUCAAGGAGCACCAGCAGCAGAUAAACGACCGCGUGUGCGCCACGCUGGCGCAGAAGAUGCAGGAGACCUUGGAGCUGAAGGAGAAAAUGAACAUGACCUUAGGGCUGAUGAGGGGCACGAUUCACCGCUGCACGAAAUUCAGCCACGAAAUGUUCGUCACCAGCGGCCUCAUCAAGGGUCCUGUGUGUGAAUGCCACCUGGAGACGCGCGAAAAGCUCAACAGGCCCCUGGUUCGCGUGUACCAGCGACACGUAGGCACCCAGCUCCCAGAGGCCGCGCGCCUGGCGCAGGGCACCGACCGGCUGCAGCGUCACAUCCUGCACGUGGAGAAGAACCUCAAGAGCCUGCUGGCUGCGCGCGACAAACUCUCCUGGAGCCACAAUUGCAAGAAGCUGGGGCAAGAGGUGGACCACUGCGUGGUGCGUCUGCGCCACCGCCACCAGCACCCGCACGUGUACUACCACGAGGCGCAGCGCCUGGUGGACGACUGGGACCCGCGCGCCCCGGCCAGCGCUGGGCGCAAGUGACCCUCCUGCGUCCCUACCCCCUGGCCUGCAGUUCUCAUGGGCUGGGCCCUGGGGACGCCAGGCUGCGUGCUCCAUGACUCUCCCUCCUCUCAGACUGGCUUCUCCCUCGGGCUGAAUUAUAAUUUAUGUAUCCAGAUUAUCACAUAUUAGGUGCCUACUGCGUAUCAGGGGGUCACCUGACAACGCGCGUAGGCGGUGCGUCCUCGAAGUAAACAGAAUAAAUCUGGGCACCAGUUCGCUGGUAUUCAAAUCCA